AUGAAUCAAUCUCUUAUAUAAAUUAAGCAAUAAAGAAGAAUUUAUUCAAAUCAUAAAAUAUACUCAAAACCAUUACCUUCAUGUGGAUUUAAACGAAAUACUACACUGAUAUAAGAUGGGUCAGUACUCAAAAAUGAAAGAAUAAACAAAAACCUUAGAAUUCAUACUAAUACAUUUGGCGAGUCUAGUUGUUAUUGUGAUAAUUGUGGUAAAAGAUCUGCUCUUAUGAAGAAAAUAUUUUAGCUUUAUCGAUUUCCUCAAACUAAGUAUUGUUUUGUAGAAAUAAAUAGUUAAUGGAAAAAGUAGAAAUAGUUUCGUAGAUUUAGAAGACUUAUCAAUUGUGUUAUUUUUAUUAUUAGAUAUAGAAUUGUGAAAAGAAUUAAAACUAAAAAGAAAUUCACUAUUAAAAAGGUAUUAACUAAAUAAACUGUCAAUGAACAAUAAUAAAAAACAUCAACUAUUUAAAAUGCAAUAAUGGAACUGAAGCAAAUAAUUAGAGUGGAUUCAACUCAAUAAUCAAAGAGAAUGAAACCUAAAAGCAAAGAUUAAAAGAAUUCAUACACUUCUUUACUGAAAGGAAGAAGGAAUUUAAGAUAAUUAUUUGUUAUUCCUUAAUUUGAGAGUCCAAUAAAAUAAUUUAUAAUAAAAAAUUCGAAACCUCAUACUGUUCAUCACUCUCCGAUGUAAUCAUUAUAUGAUUUCAAAAUAUCCUCCUCUUUUAGAGGUUUAUGA